AUAGGCUAUAAAUCGAUUAUCACCUUCAUUAUAUAGUUGCUUGCUUAAUUCUUAACUUUCUCCAGUUCACGUCAUAAUUCGUUCUUCGAUCUCCCCAGUUCAUAAUCCUUUUGAUGUGUCGUUGAUUUUUUAUUUACAUAGUAUCUACUAGUCAGUGGUUUUAUAAACAUGUGUUGAUCGACCUAUGUAGCUCGAUCUCGGAACUGAGCUUAGAAACUUAAAUGUUAAGUGAUGAUGACUCUCGUCGAUGAAGUCCGUAGGAUGCCAUUGGGCUCGAGAUGGUUAUAGGUAAUUACAGUAUCUCUAAAAGAAAAGAAAACUUGCAAAUCAUUCACGACAGACUGCUUGGUUCCAAUCUUCCUAUUCCUCGUUGCUAAGUCCAAGUCCGAGCCUGGAGAAGAAAUGUUCAAAUCGCGGGCGUCGCCGACAAGAAUCUGGCAGUCUAUUUCUCCUCGACGUCAUAAUUUCCACUCCAGCAACACAUUGACUCCAUUAUCAUCAUCCGUGGCAAUACCCGUAUCUCCUCGAUCUCAGCUCAUAACCCCAUCCAGUCAAAUCGUAAACUCCCGAUACUUCACCGUGAAAUCCACAACAGCAACACAACACCGUUCGUCGCAGUAUACCAUGUCCCAACAAGAAGAAGCCAAAGAAGCCGAAGCCGACGCGCUACCAAAAACGCGCUCCGAAUUCGAGACCGGCGCCGAGUCCGGCGCCGUGUGCUCCGGCCUCGAGCACUGGAAGUCCGAGGCCCCGUACCAAACCACCACCUCCUCCUUCGCCAAGAAAUGGACCGCGCACUGCCACUGCGGGCGGAUCAGGUGCUGGCUGUCGCGCGACGCGCCUCUCGCCGUGAAGUUCUGCCACUGCAUCGACUGCCAGGCGCUGCACGGGGCGCCGUUCCAAUGGGCGGCGGUGUUCGAGAAGACGGACCUGCGCUUCGAGCGCGGCGCCGAGGGCCUCGCGUUCUACCACACGCCCGACCGGUCCACGGUCCACCGGCUGCCGUGCAAGGUCAGCUGCGCCUACUGCCACUCGCCGAUCAUGGACGAGGGCAGGAAGAUGGUGUUGAUCUUCCCCGGGAUCAUUGAGUUUGGCGAUGCGGAGGAUAAGAAGGUGUUCGACCCGCAAUGCCACAUCUUCUACAGCCAGCGCGUCGUGGACAUACACGACGGGAAGCCCAAAUGGUCUAAAUUGGAUGGGAAGAGCGAGCUGAUAAAGGAGUUGGGAAGGGAGGAUGAAAAAGACAAUACGGUCGUUGGUGCACCUAGAAACGAGAAUACAAACAAUUGAAUUAUUG